GUGUUGGUAGCAUUGCUUCUCAGCGCGAGUGACGAUGGCGUUGCGUGCUUGUGUUUGAGAAAAAACUUAAAAUUGUGAUACGAGCAGCAAAAAUAAGAGAUACGAAGUUGAUUUUAGGAGCAUUGAUCAUGGCAGAAGACGCUUCAACCCUGUACCAGUAGGAAGACUACAAAUCCCAAAUAUGAGAAGAGUCUCUGAUAUGAAGACAUUCGCUCAACAUCCUUGGAUGAUGAAUUAUAAAUUUCUUCUGGGACUGUACUGCAUCAUUUCUGUCUACUGUCUCGAACCAACUUCAGCAAAUUCAAUGCCUGGCCCAACUUCACCUGUCACAGAGCAUCCUCAACUUCUUGGCCAUAAACUCUCAAAUCACCAUUUAAUCGCGUCUGUUAGCAGACGUGGAAAAACUGUCGAAGAAAGAGUCGACCGGGUUCCCGAUGCGGCUUCAGCGGAGACGGCAAAAAGUGCCACAGAAACUGCUCAAAACAAUGCAAGAGCUAGUCUGACAAAUGUCAUAUCGCCUAAGAUCCCCGCCGGCGUACGCAGCGUCAUCAAACGAAGUGUCAAAGAUUCCAUCUUUCAUGGCAGCAAGAAAGACUUCACAAAAAUGGCAAAUGAUUGUGAUGACGACGCAAGCUUCUGCAACAACCAAGUUUUCGGCAAAGACGAUCUUCAGCAAAUGACGGGCUUCAAAUUACAUCACAAAAUGCCGUGGGAUGACAAAGACUACAACAGCAACUCCUACUACUCCGACGAAAGAACUCACGUCCCAGGUCUUCAUCACAGAAACCUGGGACUUCCUGACCAAAGGAUAUGGGGUUCUGGCGCAAAUGCGUAUCACGCACCUUCUUACCAGGAAGAUAUGGACCGAGCUGCAGACGCGUACAGACCGACCCACCGUGACGUUCCCAGUCGACUUGGCACGCGGUCGCCUGAAGUCACUGUCGUCUCCCUACAUAAACCAGGUGAGUCACUUGCAGUGAACACGAAGAUGCGUCAAGACUCACCACCAAUGCCGGACGACAAUGUCGCGGAUGAGUUGGAACCAAUACAAGAAGAGAAGAAAAACAUCUUCACGUCUCGUGGCUGGGGAGCCGGGGGAAUGCCCUUCAACAUCCUGUACAUGCACCAACAGCAGCAGACGAAGCCACCGUCGAGGUUCGAGGUGGCCGGAGCACAGCAACUGGUAGCAUCCGCACAGAGUUUCCCCACUGCCAGUCAGCAGUACCGGCAAGUGGCCGUGAGGAACGCGAUGGGCGGCGGGGCAGGGACGGUCGCGCCGGCCCCGACUCGCAGGCAGUACUCCAUCAUCCCGCAGCUUUACGUGUCCUACGGUUGGGGACCUCAAGGAAAAUGAGCGGCUCGAGGCGCUUCGGUUUCGGCGCGGCAUUUCCCGGACGACGUCUUUCGAACCUUACAAACAAGACCUGGAGAUUUUUGAAAAUCCUAUGCCUUUCCUUAAUGUCCUUGGUUCGCUACAGCUUUUGUGUCCUUCAUAAUCUCUAUUAUUUACUCUCAUAUUUGUGCAAAUAAUUAUGAAGUGAAUUUAUGCAUUAAUUAUUAAAAGUAGAAUUUCAAAACUCUUAUUUAGUUCAACUCCUAAGUCAUAAGAGCUGCUUUCUUAAUUUUGUGAAGAUACAGCAUACGAUGUCAACAGUUUGCAUCGCCACACGCUGUAUCGGCUUUUCUUUUAGUAUAGAUCUGCGUUGUGGCACGUAACUCGAGGAAUGCCACUGCCCGUCGUGUUUGCACAAGAACACAAAGAGAACGCAAUAAUUAAUGCAACUUAUUCUGACAUUUCUUUCUUUCUUUCUUUGAAGUACUAAAACAGUAAGAAUAUUAUUUAAAAUGCAGAUUGCAGCGAAUCAUGAACACCUGACAGUCACUACAGAUGAUCAGCUGAUACAACAAAAUGUAAAGUGACUGUAGGUACAAUAAUGUGUAAAACAGUGAGACUAAUUUUGUGCCAAAUACGCUGCGCACAGAACUGUAUGUAAAUUUCCCUGAAUGUAAUCAAAUGUAAGAACAAGAGAAUUGCGUUACAAGACGUUAUAAUGUAUUACUAGAAAAUGUGUGCAGAGCAAAACAAUUUUGAUGUGUU